AUGACUUCGCUGACCCAGCGCAACUCGGGCCUGGUGCAGCGCCGCACGGAGGCUUCGCGCAGCGCGGCCGACAAAGACCGGGGGGCCGGCGGCGGCAGCGGCGGGGGGGGAGGCGGCGGCGGCGGGCCGGAGGAGGAAGACCGGCGAGACGAGCAGGGGGACGAGGAGAAGGGGGACUCCAAGGAAACACGGCUCACGCUUAUGGAGGAGGUGUUGCUGCUGGGCCUUAAGGACCGGGAGGGUUAUACAUCAUUUUGGAAUGAUUGCAUUUCAUCUGGGCUUCGUGGUUGCAUGUUAAUUGAAUUGGCACUGAGGGGGCGUCUUCAACUUGAAGCAUUUGGAAUGAGACGUAAAAGUUUGCUAACUAGAAAGGUGAUAUGCAAAUCAGAUGCUCCUACAGGAGAUGUUCUACUUGAUGAAGCUUUGAAGCACAUUAAAGAAACUCAGCCUCCAGAAACAGUGCAGAACUGGAUAGAACUACUUAGUGGUGAGACAUGGAAUCCAUUAAAAUUGCAUUACCAGUUAAGAAACGUCCGGGAACGGUUAGCCAAAAACCUAGUUGAAAAGGGGGUUUUGACUACGGAGAAACAGAACUUUCUCCUCUUUGACAUGACCACGCACCCCCUCACCAAUAACAACAUUAAGCAGCGCCUCAUCAAGAAAGUUCAAGAAGCUGUGCUUGACCGAUGGGUGAAUGACCCCCACCGCAUGGACAAGCGCUUGCUGGCUCUCAUUUACUUAGCCCACGCGUCAGACGUCCUGGAGAACGCUUUUGCCCCCCUUCUGGAUGAGCAGUAUGACCUUGCCACAAAGAGGGUGCGGCAGCUCCUGGAUUUAGACCCUGAAGUCGAAUGUAUGAAGGCUAACACAAACGAGGUUCUGUGGGCUGUCGUAGCGGCCUUCACAAAAUAAACACAAUCAGACUGCUCAAACACUUUUUUUCCUCAUUUCAUGUAAAUCAGUUAAUCUUCUCUUGAUGAUUCAUAUUUUCUGUCAUCUGUACCUCCCCUUUUGUGAUGAAAAUCGGCUCCUGUUCAUAAGAAUGGUAGGUAAUGUGUUCUGGGUCCCC